GUUGUUACAACAACAAGAACCCGUUCUUACCAAGCUUCUUUAAUCAUUUCUAUAAUUUUUGCUUAAUUGCGACAUAUUAUACAAAUAGAAAAUAGCAUAAACUUUUUACGAUUAUUGUUAUUUUUUUGUUGUUAUUUCUUUUUCUUUUAAAUAUAUUUUUCAUAUAAAACCAUUCGAGAAUGAAUAGAAAACUAAAAUUAACUGCAAACAAGCCGGUAAAAAAAUCAUCAAAGAAAAAUGGUUACGAUAUGCCAAAACCAUUGAAAACAGGAGACGUGUUGACCGAUAAUAAGAAAAAGCAGUGGAUUAUAGGAAAGUCAAUAGGAAUUGGUGGUUUUGGUGAAAUUUACUCUGCACGUGAAGGUAAUUCAGCUAUAAGAAAUGUUGAAAAUUUCCCGUUUGUCGUUAAAAUUGAGCCUAAAGAAAAUGGACCAUUGUUUGUAGAGAUGCAUUUUUAUAUGCGAAAUGCUAAACCAGAUGACAUUGAACAUUUUAAAAAAUCUCACAAUUUGACAUCAAUGGGAAUGCCUGAAUUUAUUGCAAUGGGCUCUCACGAAAUUCAGAACACCAAACAUCGCUUCAUAGUGUUACCUCGUUUUGGAAGAGAUGUUGGAAAGAUUUUCAUGGAACACAAUAAAAAAAUGCCUUUGCAUACUGUUUAUCGUCUUGGAUGGCAAAUAGUAAAUGUUUUAGAAUAUAUUCAUAGCUGUACAUAUGUUCACAAUGAUAUUAAAGGAUCCAACUUAUUGCUCGGAUUAGGAAAAAAUGGCAACGAACAAGUUUAUUUACUUGACUAUGGUUUAGCAUGUCACUACAACACCAAAGAUUUUAAACCAGAUCCUAAGAAAAUGCACAACGGAACAAUUGAAUAUACAUCACGCGACGCUCAUAAUGGUGUGCCAACAAUGCGUGGUGAUUUUGAAAUAUUAGCUUACAAUCUAUUGGAAUGGAUUGGUGGUAUACUUCCAUGGAUAGCAAAGAAAAUACUCUUAAAACCACUUGAAGUCCAAAAAAUGAAAGAAGAAUUUAUGAAGUCAACAGAAAAAUCAUUAAAAAUAUGUUUUGAUGGUAAAAAUAAUAAUGUUCCAUCAGGCCUCUUGACAUUUUUCAAGUAUUUAGAAACAAUGAAACAUGAUACAGUUCCCGAAUACGAUAAGAUCCGAAGCAUAUUUGAAACUGGCUUGAAAGAUUUGGGCUAUAAGAAUAGUGGAGAACUUGAAUUUGAACAGGCCAAAACAACUCCAAAAGCAACUGUUAUUGAUGAAAAGAAGCAAAGAAAAAAACCUGGACGACCAACUUUCACAAAAGAACCAGUCAAAGAAUCAUUGAGAGAAGAAGUAAUUUCCAAACGUAAGACAACACGUAAACGAUAUUUAGAAGUUAAUUCCUCUGAGUCCGAUGAAGAAGAGCUCUUCGUAGAGCCUAAAACUGCUAAGAAAAAAUCAAAACCAGUUCAAAUUGUUGAAAAAACAAAAGUUGUUCCGAGAGCAAAACGAAACCGAGAUAAUAAAAAUGCUGUUCAUAAUUCAAAGAAGAGAGGAAAAGAUGAUCAAUCUGAGGACGAGGAAGCGACAAAGAUGUCACAUUCAAUACAGCCGAUAGAAAAAUCUAAGCACCAACUUUCGUCAAGUAAUGGUAACUAUCAUAUUACACCAACAACCCCACCUAACCAAGAGGAAUCUCUAAUAAAUGAUAAAUCAUCAAAAGAUGAUAAAAAUAGCAAUACCAAAGCUUCUUUGACUCUCAAGUCUCAGAAAAAAAAUGCAAAUAAAAAGACAAUUCAGCUUAAUUUCAAUUUAGAUGUCUCUUUAGAUUCAGACUUGGUCGUUGUGGUUAAUAGAAAGGAAAAGAAGAAGAAAGCUACCAGUGAUGAUAUCUCAAGUGCUGAUGGCAAAAAACCUGAUGAUUCGGUUAACGUCGCAGGUUUCUACAAAGGAAAAUAUGCAAAAAAAUGAAUGAAAAAUUUUCCAAUUUUUUUUUGUCAUUAUCAUUUAACAUUUCAUUGUAUCUUUAAUUAAAAUUUGCUUAAUAAAAACUUUUCAGAAAUAAA